GCGCACUCACUUUCAGUCUGUCCAUGAGCUCUUCACUAUUGCGCGCACGUCGUCUGGGCCAUCGACUGGCUGCCACUCGUCGAGGCUUCCACGCCGGCGCCGUGACUGCGUUCCCAGAGGUCCCGUUUAAAUUGGCGGACAUCGGUGAGGGCAUCGCCGAGGUUGAAGUGCUGCAAUGGUUCGUCAAGAGCGGCGACGAAGUCAAGCAGUUCCAGAAUGUGUGCGAGGUGCAGAGUGACAAGGCUACAGUGGAGAUUACCAGUCGUUACGACGGUGUCGUCACUAAGGUGCAUUACGAGGUGGGAGAGAUGGCCAAGGUGGGCUCCACACUCAUCGACAUUGACGUGGAUGAGGCCACAGCUGCGGCCACGUCAGGCGGUGGUAAGAAGAAGGGAGACCCGAUCCCUCGCAGAGCGCCCUCACCCGUUGCCACGGAGCCUGUGGCCGCUCCUGUUCCUACAGCUCCAAUUAUUGAGCCUACUCCUACUCCGACGCCCGUGGUAUCGAGGGUUUCCCUUGCUCCUCGCAGACUUGAAGGGGAAGAGAAGCUGUUGACAUCGCCAUCGGUACGACGAUUGGCUAAGGAACACAGCAUUGACUUGCAUGACGUGGAAGGCACUGGCCCACAAGGUCGAAUCCUUAAGGGAGAUCUACUGGAGUACAUCCGAAUGCGAGCAACACAGCCGUCCACGUCUUCUGUCAGCCAGAGUACUACGGCCACACCACCUCCUGUAGUGGACGGAUCUAAUGCGACGUACUUGCAACAAGACACGGUAGUGCCGCUGACGCCUAUCCAGAAGAUGAUGGUUAAGUCCAUGAACGCGGCGCUGCAGAUCCCGCACUUUGGAUACGCCGAUGAGAUUCGAAUGGAUGCGUUGUAUGAUCUUCGGAAGGAGUUAAAGCCACUUGCGGAGGCGCGUGGUGUCAAGCUUUCGUUUAUACCUUUCAUCAUUAAGGCUGCGUCGUUGGCGUUGAAGCACUAUCCGAUGCUCAACGCAACUGUGAACGAGAGUGAAACCGAGGUGACUUUGGUAGCUGCACACAAUGUUUCGGUGGCUAUGGACACACCGACGGGUUUGAUCGUACCAAACGUCAAGAACGUACAAGCGAAGAGCAUUCUGGAGAUUGCUGAAGACCUGAACCGGCUACAACAACUCGCUGUCGCUGGCAAACUCGCACCAAGCGACCUGACUGGCGGUACAUUCUCGAUCUCCAACAUCGGUAGUAUUGGUGGCACGUACAUGAGCCCCGUCCUCAUGGUGCCUCAGGUGGCGAUUGGAGCAAUCGGCCAGAUCCAGAAACUUCCUCGGUACGACACAGAGGGAAACGUUGAACCUGUCCGCCUGAUGAACGUGUCGUGGAGCGGUGACCACCGUGUGAUUGACGGCGCGACAAUGGCUCGCUUCUCAAAUCAGUGGAAGGAAUACUUAGAGACCCCAGUGAGCAUGUUGACCGAAAUGAGUUAA